ACACACACACACACACACACACACACACAGAGAGACACACACCCACCCAGAGCGCAGCGCCGCGGAGCCAGUGCGAGCGGAGAUCGGGAGAGCAAAUCCUCCCGGGCCCCCAGGCUCCGCACCCCCUUUCCUCCAGCCUCCCCCAAACCUUCCCCUCUUCUUCCUCCUCCUCCUCCCCGAGCAUCAACAGCAGCCAGAGCCGCCGAGGCCCCGGGGGAAGAGGUGGCAGGGGGGCCCCGGGACGGUGUGGACAUGCUAAUCCUCGGCCGCCUCCUCGCCUGCCUGCAGCUCUGCUGGAUCUGCCGAGUCGAUUUGGUUUAUGGAUACUAUAGACAGCAGCGGAAAUUGAUUGAAGAGAUCGACUGGUCCUAUGCAGGAACUGUGAAUCAAAAGAAUUGGGGGAAGAAAUACCCAGCCUGCAAUGGUCCCAAGCAGUCCCCUAUCAAUAUCGAUGAAGGUCUUACCCAAGUGAAUGUGAAUCUUAAGAAACUUAAAUUUCAAGGCUGGGAUAAGGUGGCAGCAGAAGGGAAUUUCAUUCACAAUACUGGAAAAACAGUGGAAAUCAAUCUGACAAAUGACUACCGACUCAGUGGAGGUGGGUUAGAAACAAUAUUUAAAGCAAGCAAGAUAAUGUUCCACUGGGGAAAAUGCAAUAUGUCAUCUGAUGGAUCAGAACAUAGCUUAGAAGGACAAAAAUUUCCACUUGAGAUGCAGAUUUACUGCUAUGAUGUGGACCAGUUUUCAAGCUUUGAGGAAGCAGUGAAAGAAAAAGGGAAGUUGAGAGCUUUAUCCAUUUUAUUUGAGGUUGGAUUAGAGGAUAAUAUGGAUUAUAAAGCGGUUAUCAAUGGAGUAGAUAGUGUGAGCCGUUUUGGAAAACAAGCGAUACUAGAGCCAUUUGUGUUGCUGAAUCUUCUGCCAAACUCCACUGACAAGUAUUAUACUUACAACGGAUCCUUAUCAUCUCCCCCCUGCACUGAAACAGUUGACUGGAUUGUCUUUAAAGAUACCAUUAGCAUUUCUGAGAAUCAGUUGGCCUCGUUUUGCGAAGUCCUUACUAUGCAACAGUCUGGCUAUGUCAUGCUGAUGGAUUACUUGCAGAACAACUUUCGAGAACAACAGUACAACCUGCCCAGGCAGGUAUUCUCCUCUUACACUGGCAAGGAAGAGAUUCACGAAGCAGUUUGCAGUUCUGAACCAGAAAAUGUCCAAGCUGAUCCAAGGAAUUAUACCAGCCUUCUUGUUACCUGGGAGAGACCUCGAGUAGUAUAUGAGGCCAUGAUUGAGAAAUUUGCCGUUCUCUACCAACAAUUGGAUGGAGAAGACCAAACUAAACAUGAAUUUCUGACCGAUGGGUAUCAGGACUUGGGAGCUAUUCUAAACAAUUUGCUGCCUAAUACUAGCUACGUUCUUCAGUUAGUAGCCAUGUGCACCGAUGGCUUGUACGGAAAGUACAGUGACCAACUGAUUGUUGACAUGCCUCCUGAUGAUCCAGAGAUUGAUCUCUUUCCUGAACUAAUUGGAACUGAAGAAUUUAUCAAGGAGGAAGAAGAUAUUGAAGAUGAAGCUGCAGGAAGUCCUAGCACAGAGAGUGCCACCAACCAAAUUAGGGGGAAAGAAUAUCACAUCAUCCCCACGUCAAACUAUGACCCCGAAGGAAGAGGGGCCAAAUCUGUGGAAGCAAAAACUACCCACUACUUUCCAAAAGGAGAUGAUGAGUCCUCGGGAAAGGGUGACCCCCAGAGAACAUUCAUUCCCACCACUGGUCUCCCAGUCCCGGGAAUGUCAGCUCAAGGAGAAGAGGUCCCACCGGAUUCUCAAACAAUGACUGGAAGACCAGAUCCCACCAUGGAAAUAACGUCUGCUUCCUGGAGGGAUGGCCCAAACCCUGCCCUCAAAAUCCAGCCAAUGAACGUCCCUGGAACAGCGGAGGAAUCCGAGCUGAUGGCUCCGGGUCCGGAAUCCCAAGAAACGUCCACGGAUAGCGGUGAAGAUGAAGCUUUCCCGGCCACCUUGAAACUUGAUUCAGAGGCUGAAGACAUAUCAGGCUCAAUCCCCACCACCUCAGCCGCAUCGUCUGUCCCGGACAACAUAUCCUCCGGACAGUUUUUAGGAAGUCCGGAGCCAAGCACAUAUCAUGUCGUCUGGCCGGGAUACGCCAAGAAUGCCUCUGAAGACUCCUCUUCCCCAGAUGCCGUCGAUUCCUCAAAGAGGACUUGGUCCACUGACGGAGACCUGCCGCCUUCUCAAACUACGGAUCCGACGGCCAGCUUCGUGGCUCCGACGGAGAGGGAGAGGUCGCUUCAGGCUAGCCACACUGAUUCGUACAUUGAGGGAUCAAAGUCAGCUUCAGAGUCCUAUUCUUCCAGUACGGCGGGGACACAAGAUACUUCCGUUGCGGAUAGAGAAAUGCCACAUUAUUCUACCUUUGCUUCCUUCCCUACUGAGAUUGCGCCUCAUUCUCUCUCUCCAAGCUCUGGACAACAUGAUUCUGCUUCUGCUGCCAGUGAGGUACUCUCUCAGACAACUCAACCAGUUUAUAAUGGUGAGAUACCUCUUCAACCUUCCUACAGUAGUGGAGUGUUUCCUCUAGUUACCCCUCUGUUGUCUGACAAUCAGAUGCUCAACACUGCCUCUGCUGCUUCAGGUAGUGGCAUGAUCUUGCAUGCGACACCUGUAUUUCCCAGUGUGGAUGUGUCAUUUGAGCCCACCCUGUCUUCUUCUGACGAUGUAACUUUGCUUCCAUUUCCCUCUGCUUCCUUCAGUAGUGAAGUGUCUCAUCAUCUGUAUACAGUCUCUCAAAUGUCUCCACAAUUUGCUCCAGCUGCUCCCCAGGAAACGGGGUCCCUGCAUGCUUCUUUGGCAGUGGCGGAGGGUGAUCCAUUAUUCCGGCCCAACUUUGGUCGCUCUUCUGAGGUGGCGGCACGUCAGACUACCGCUGCUUCGGAAACGAUGCUAUUUGAUAACCAGUCCGGGGCCCUCAGUCAGUGGCACGAGGUUUCUCGAGUUGACCCAUCCAGCAGUGAUUUAAAGAUGCAUGCCUCCUCUACAGGGUCUGAACCAUCUUCCGCUUUGUCGGGUCAUGCAGGCUCCCUCCAGACCUUUCCUGUUUCCUCUGACUCUGCGAUAUCUGUGCAUGGUUCUUUUGGUGUAUCUCAGCCGGGGUCCCUGUCUAGCAGUCCUAGCGAUGUGCUGAUGCCUAAGCCUUCUGUAACCACCCAACCUGAAUCUUUGCUGCAGCCCACAAGCUCUCUGUCUGGUGAUCUGGAUUGGUCCGGAGCUUACUCCGGUAGUGAGUUCUUUCUGCCUGACCCGGAUGGUUUGCCAGCACCUAACAUUUCCUCAUCUGUUUCUGUAGACGAAUUGCCCUAUCCGACACCCGCGUUUAGUGAUGCUAAUAAGCCGCCUCGUAAAAGUGAUGCAUUCCCUGGGGAUGAGACCGAACUGAAAAUUUCCUCUCUCAGUGAAAUGGUCUAUCGUACUGCCAGCACAGCUCUGCCUGAACUCCCUACAGCUAAUGAUGUAAUUAAGCCAGAGGCUUCUUUGAGAGACACCCCUGUUACUGAUUCUAGAGCACAGGCAACUCUUCCCGGAUCUCUGGCUUAUCCCGCUACCGAGAUUUGGGGCCAGGAGGGUCUUAGUGCACUGUCAGAAAACCACUUUUCAGUUCAGCCUUUGCAUGCAUCAUCUCCAGCCUCUGAUGACGCUUUGCUUCAACCCGUGCUUAACGCCACUUCCGAGCCAGCUCUCUCUGUCCCCGCUUCUAGCAAAACAUUGCCUCCUUCAACUGGGUGGUCCUCUCCCAAAGCCUCAGCUCCUUUAGAUGGUGAAGCUUUGCUGCAAACUUCCUUUCCGUCUUCUGGCAUUGGCUCCCCGUUUACCGCUACUCCAGCUGAGCCCGGCGAUCCAAUAUUGGUGGAAACUUCUGAGGUUUAUAGAGAUAAUCCUGCAAUAUUGCAUCCGGGGCCAUCCGAUUUGGCUGCAAGUACAGUGCCACAUUCUACGUCGGCACCUGCGGGUUUUGGUGUGCUGUCUCCCGCUUCUAAUAUGCCCACUGCUUCGUUUCGAGGUCUGAGUGAGUCUUCCACCAGUGUCCCGACUGUUUUCCUUGAAAGCGAACUGCCUCCACGAGUUGUCCCUUCAUUGUUCAGUACUGAUGAUUGGUUGCAGCCCACUGAUUCUGAAAUGACCAGUACCUUUCCUCUUAGAGUAGUGCAUGGGGGUGCCACUCCUGUUUUGCCUGUCGACAUACUGCCAAACACGCUUGCACAUGAGCGCAAUUCUCCAGAUGAAGCUCCUGCUUCUAUGAUAAGUUCCGUUUCUAAUGCGUCUCCUGUUCUGGUUGUACCUGAGUCACAUGUAUCCAUUCAUCAUUCUGUCCCUUUGCCAAAUGUGUUUAUUUCUGGUACAGUUGCUUCUCCUGGUAAGGAGAGCCCGGUAAAUGGAACCGGCUUUCUGGUUCCCCGCAAAGCAUCCUCUGGCUUAUUCCCUGAUGCCAGUUCUGAUGCUAAAUCUAUGGGUGGUGGUGGUGGUGAUGAUGAUGAUGAUGAUGAUGAUGAUGAUGGCAAUGAUGGCUUAUCUGUAAAGAGUUGUAUCUCGUGCACGUCCGAUAGAAAAGCUCAGGGAAAAGUGGUAGACGAUUCCAGUAUUCAGGUAAAUGAUGUCAUGGAUCAAGGUGACUUCACUGCACGCUCACCGUCCAUCAACUCUGAGGAAGAAAAGCAGGUAACGGAUGCAGCAGCUUGGGAGAUCAGCCCAACCGCUGACCGAAAUGGUGUCAAAACCACAUUGGCGCUGACGACACCACUGGUGCCCAAGAAGCACAGCGACCUGCCAACAGUGGAAGACCACAUCCAGACUGAUACUACCGUCUUUCCACACACAUCAGAGGCUAAGUCUUGGGCCACUUUUACAAGCGACGAAGAGAGUGGUUCUGGUCAAGGAAACUCAGAUAGCCUUAAUGAGAACAACACUUCAACUGAUUUCGGGAUUCCUGGCCUCAGUGAACAAGACGCUGAAGCGACCAUGGAGACGACUGAUGAUGAAUCAAGUCCUGGAUUGCCACAGUCCUUAACACCAUCUGUUACUAGUGGCCACUCAACAGUAUUCAACGUUUCUGAGGCAGAGGCAAGUAAUAGUAGCCAUGAAUCUCGUAUUGGGCUAGCUGAGGGUUUGGAAUCAGAGAAGAAGACAGUUAUACCUCUUGUGAUCGUAUCAGCCCUGACUUUUAUCUGUCUAGUGGUUCUAGUGGGUAUUCUCAUCUAUUGGAGGAAAUGCUUUCAGACGGCACAUUUUUAUUUGGAAGAUAGCACUUCACCUAGAGUCAUCUCUACACCCCCGACCCCAAUUUUCCCAGUUUCAGAUGAUGUUGGAGCAAUUCCUAUAAAGCAUUUUCCAAAGCAUGUUGCGGAUUUACAUGCAAGUAGUGGUUUUUCUGAAGAAUUUGAGACACUGAAAGAGUUUUACCAGGAAGUGCAGAGCUGUACUGUUGACCUAGGUAUUACAUCAGACAGCUCUAACCAUCCUGACAACAAGAAUAAGAAUCGAUACAUAAACAUUGUUGCUUAUGACCACAGUCGGGUUAAACUUACACAGCUUGCAGAAAAAGAUGGCAAAAUGACCGAUUACAUCAAUGCAAACUAUGUAGAUGGAUACAACAAGCCAAAAGCUUACAUCGCAGCUCAAGGGCCAUUAAAAUCAACCGCAGAGGAUUUCUGGAGAAUGAUUUGGGAACACAAUGUGGAAGUCAUCGUCAUGAUAACUAACCUUGUGGAGAAAGGAAGGAGGAAAUGUGACCAGUAUUGGCCUGCCGAUGGCAGCGAAGAGUAUGGAAAUUUUUUGGUCACUCAGAAGAGUAUUCAUGUACUUGCCUAUUACACCAUAAGGAACUUUACAAUUAGAAACACGAAGAUCAAAAAGGGUUCCCAGAAAGGAAGACCUAGCGGGCGUGUGGUCACUCAAUACCAUUACACUCAGUGGCCAGAUAUGGGAGUCCCAGAGUACACCCUACCCGUCCUCACGUUUGUACGCAAAGCAUCGCACGCCAAACGUCACGCAGUGGGACCAGUGGCUGUUCACUGUAGCGCUGGGGUUGGGAGGACUGGCACGUACAUCGUUCUGGACAGCAUGUUGCAACAGAUCCAGCAUGAAGGGACCGUCAACAUAUUUGGAUUCCUAAAACAUAUUCGUUCGCAAAGGAAUUACCUGGUGCAGACUGAGGAGCAGUACGUGUUCAUUCAUGAUGCCCUGGUGGAGGCUAUCCUUAGCAAAGAGACAGAAGUGCCAGACAGCCAAAUCCAUGGCUACGUGAAUACUCUCCUCAUCCCUGGACCAACAGGAAAGACAAGGCUAGAGAAGCAAUUUAAGCUCCUGAGCCAAACUAAUACCCAGCAAUGUGACUAUUCUACCGCCCUGAAACAGUGUAACAGAGAAAAGAACAGGACAUCGGCCAUUAUCCCUGUGGAAAGAUCUAGGGUUGGUAUUUCAUCACUUUCGGGGGAAGGAACAGAUUACAUCAAUGCCUCCUACAUCAUGGGCUAUUACCAGAGUAAUGAAUUCAUCAUCACCCAACACCCGCUGCUACACACCAUCAAGGAUUUUUGGAGGAUGAUAUGGGACCACAACGCUCAGCUCAUAGUUAUGCUUCCUGACAGUCAGAAUAUGGCUGAAGAUGAAUUUGUUUACUGGCCAAACAAAGAUGAGCCCAUCAACUGUGAGAGCUUUAAAGUUACUAUGAUUGCUGAGGAACACAAGUGCCUCUCUAAUGAGGAGAAACUUAUCAUUCAAGACUUCAUUUUAGAAGCUACACAGGAUGACUACGUACUUGAAGUGAGACAUUUCCAAUGUCCAAAGUGGCCAAAUCCUGAUAGCCCUAUUAGUAAAACGUUUGAACUUAUAAGUAUCAUCAAAGACGAAACUUCCAGUCGGGAUGGACCCAUGAUUGUUCAUGACGAGCACGGCGGCGUGACGGCUGGAACUUUCUGUGCCCUCAUGACCCUCAUGCACCAGCUAGAAAAGGAAAAUUCCAUCGAUGUUUACCAGGUAGCCAGGAUGACCAAUCUAAUGAGGCCAGGCAUCUUCACAGACAUGGAACAGUACCAGUUUCUCUACAAAGCUAUCCUCAGUCUCGUCAGCACAAGGCAGGAGGAAAAUCCAUCCGCCUCUCUAGACAGCAAUGGUACAGCUUUACCUGAUGGAAAUGUGGCUGAGAGUUUGGAGUCCCUGGUUUAAUUUGGAAGAACACAAUCUGUGCAAUCUAGCACUGCUCUUCGCAUUUUUCAGUUAUGUGGGAAAUCUGUCCGGUCCCUCUGUAAUCUGUUUACUUCCCAGACAGUAAUUACUUUUGUGGCAUAUGAUUUGAUUGCUGAAUUUAUAUCAUUAACAACGUGUGCCUUUUGGAAGACUUCUUGUAAUCUGUUUAUUAUACUGUCCAAACUAACUUGAUUGAAUUUUACAGUGUUUCUAAGAAUGGAAUUGUGGUGUUUUUUUUCAGUAUUAGUUUCCUACUGUAAGGUUUUUCUUUUAACUGAAGUUGGCAUUUCUAGAUGUUACAGAUUCUCGGCUGCUGCUAAACAUGUAAUGUUUUCAGUGUCAGACUUACUGCUGUAUUUGUAGCAACCUCCCAUUUGCUAGAAAUAUAACUUUUAAUAUGGUAGACUGUAAAUAAAACCCUGUGAUCUGUAAUAUUCACCAUUUUGCAUCUGCAGUAUUCACCUCUAGAAAUAAUCCGUAACUUACUGUAAAUACUGCUCUAGUGAUUCCACGGACCAAAUUUAUAUUUAUAAUUGUAGAUUUUUAUAUUUUACUACAGAGUCAGUUUUCUAGUUCUGUGUAAUCUGCAUUGCUGCAAUGAUGUAGUUCGGUAUCUGUUUCUACUUCAAGGCGCCUUCUGAUACUUUAGGGUUCAUCUAAGUGUUUGGCUCAGUUUCAGCAUGUACUUUUAACUCUUUGUGGAAUACAGCUGUUUUGAAAAGAGACGUUUUCAUGAGAAUAA